AUGACACAAGUGCGAGAUGUCUUGCCGCAGCCCUGGAAAGGUGUCAACUUGGGCGGCUGGCUUCUACUUGAGCCUGGACCAUCAUUCCCUCUUUUUACGCAUCACUUGUUGAAGGACAAGAGCCAGGCUCGUUGCGAAUGGGACCUCAUGAAAGUACUUUACGAGAAGCUGGGGAAAGCUGGAGCGGCCGAGGUGAUCCGGUCACACCGUGAAACGCAUAUCACCAAGGCAGACUUUGAGCGAGUUCGCAGCUAUGGGCUGAAUGCUGUGCGGCUCCCCUUCGGCUACUGGAUCAUUUCGCAACCAAGGCCGAGAGAGCCCUACAUGGGACCUGCGUUGGAGUACGUCGACCGGGCCGUCGCAUGGGCAGAGGAGCUAGGGCUACAGAUUGUUCUGGAUCUCCAUGGCUGCCCGGGAGGCGAAAGCCCAGAGGCACCAUGUGGCCGGCGACAGCGGCCCGAGAGCCGCUGGGAUUGGCGGCACUGGGACUUUGCAGCAUCCCUGAAGAUCCUGCAGCUGCCUGACUUUCGAAAUUUCGCCAUGGCGCUCCGCUAUCAUCUCACCUUCAUCGAUGAGGUGUUCCCGGUGUCGAAGAACGACAAACGUUCCCGUAGCUGCCCAGCUGUAGAGUGUCAGUCCAGCAAGUACCAGGACUGGCGAUGCCACAUGCAAGUGGCGAAGUUGCGGGAGAAGGCAGAUCUCCCCACGUUGAAGCAGAGCGACACGCCCAGCAACUCCUCCGCCUCGUUCGAGCAAGGCUUCCAAGGAAGUGAAGGAAGUUUGGGACACCCGCAUCUUUGCCGCAGGCCUUGCAUCAAGUUUGCUCGAGGAUCAUGCGAUCAGGGCGCUCAGUGCGGCUAUUGCCACAGUUCGCAUCCGCAUCGGCCCGUGACCUUCGACAAGCAUGGCCGGGACAUGUUGACCUCGUGGCCAAAGACGCGGAUCCUCGCGGCGGUGCUUCCACCCAUGAAGGCCCAAGCUGAGGAGAUGGAGCUUUGGGGAGCACAGGAGAUUCUCCGCCUCAUCCAAUGCGAGCUCACCAUCCGCAGUGCGAGCUCACCAGUGCGUGGUGCAAAUGAGCAACCGAUGACGGCUGUGGGUUCAGUGGCGCCCCCUCCGCGGAAGAUUCGCCAACGUCUCGAGCUCAUGUCCUUCAUCAGCCUUGUCGGUUUGGUGCGCUCCUACGUUGGGGGCCACCUGGCCACCCUUUUGCUCCAAGCAGUGGUGGAAAUGCGUGAGGAAGCCAAGAGUUACCAGUAG